GUGAAAGCUUAAUUUUCUGUACUUUAAACCUCCAAUCACAUAAAGAUUUGCUAAAUAAAUCUUGUGCCAAAAUUAGCUUUUUCAGCCUUGUUAGUUGUUGAUAGAUCUCUUACUAUUUACUCCGUACUAAACUACGGAGUACUUCAUUCUUUCAACUGUAAACCACCAUCUCACGACUUUCCAGCCAUGAAUCCACCACCAACUUCGUUUUCCGGCCGCCGUCGUUCUUCCGUGAUCGACGUCAACACUCCUCCUAUUCUCACAUCCGCCUCACCAGCACCCCGAAAGUCCUCCGUUUGUGAUUCUCCUCCGCGGCAAUACGCCGCUCCAACCACUGAUGAUGGCGGCUCAGCUGAAAACAUAGCAACCCGAAAAGCUUCGGUUUGGGAUGAUAAUACGAAUACCGCGUCUAGAUCCACGGAUUCGGGUUACGGGGCACAACCGGGAAAUGAAGGGUCCACUACUUUGGGUUGGAUAACCGGGACUGAGCUCGUCUCGUCUCCUACAUCUUACGACAUCUCCAGUACCAUUGAUCAUGGCUCUUCUGCUUCAGCUGAAAACAUAGCAACCCGAAAGGCUUCGGCAUGGGAUGAUAAUACGGGUACGGGUUCUAUGAACAGUACCCGGGCUUCUGUGACGGGUAUUGCUGGACGCAGGUCCACGGCUUGCGAUGAUGAUGAUACGUGUACCGCUUCUACCCGGCGGGCCUCUGUGACGGGUAUAGCUGGACGGAGGUCCACGGCGUUGGACCGUCCACCUUGGGAUUUGUUUUCCGGGGCUCCGCCGAGUAAUGAAGGGUCCACCUGGGAUUGGAUGUCUGAGAUCGUCUCCAUGAUUUCUAAUACUAAUGGUGAUGGUGACGGUCUAAGUUCAGACAAAAACCGGGUUUAUUAUGUUGGCAACAUGAAUCACGUUUUCGAAACCCACAACGAUCAGAAAAGUCUAGCCAUUGUUGAUGUUGAGACCAUCAUGUACGCCUAUGGAGUUGACAAGGCCUGUGUUGAAGAAAUCUUCAGCAAAAUUGACCCUAAAAAAAGUGGGAUAUUCAACAUCAACUCCAACAACAAGCAAAUUCUAGUCGCCUCGAUCAUGAACUUCUCUUCUCCAAAGGAGCCACUCGUUAAUCUAAGGCAUGCUAGCAAGUGCUUUCGAAACAACUUGCUAUCACCACUCCAUUUUGCUGGUUAUAUCAUCGACGUUCUUAGAGGAAGAUGUAUAGGAAAUGAGCCUCACUUUAUGAUCCUAGGAAUGUAUAGCAUACUUGGAGUUUUGCAAGGUUCCACGAACCGUGGACUUACCACCAAAGAUGUGGAGAAGUUUGUGUCAUUGUGGAAAGUAAAUAAUUCAGACGAGGCACAAGACCUUAUAAGUAUGAUCAAAGAUGAUCAUAAUGGAACUAUUUCAUGUUGGAGCUUCUACAACUUAUUGUACCGUAGGAACAUGUUUGGAAAGCAGAGAAUUGAAGUGUUUGAUAUACAGGGGAAGCAAAAAUCGUCAAUGUUCUUCCCAUUAAUAGAUAAAGACCAAGAUGGGUUCCUCUCCUCUGCUGAUCUUUCUAGUUUUGCUGCAACCUUUGGCCGAUACCCAUCCGAUGAAGCGAUUGAUCGUGUGACUCGGAAGCUUGAUAUGGAUGGUGAUGGUAAGAUCAAUGUUGAGGAUUUUUGUGUGGCAAUGGAGCUUGUAUUGGAUGGGAUGGCAUGGGAGUUUUGGUUGGUUGCUAUCUUGCUCACUUUUGAGCUUUAGUGAGGCAUUGUUCUGUUCGUCGUUCCACUAAGUUCAGAUAAGAUAAGUUCGGGAAAAAAAGAAGUGUUGACAAAGUAUAAUUUAUAAGUUUAAAGCGAUCUUGGUUGGCUGUUAUCUUGCUCACUUUUGAGCUUUAGUUACUUCGUUUACGUAAGCGGUCUUGGACAUGAGCGGGUGACCCACAGAACAGGACCCCAAAUUUUAGGGUUAUCAAAUUUCGGAUAUGAUUUAACAAAUUCGUAAUAUUAAGAAAAAUUGUUGUUUUA